AUGUGCGCACUGAAGGCAUACAUAUUGUGCGUAAUUAUCGCGUCAAGUUACGCUAAUAACCAACAAUGGCUUCCGUACAGCAAUUUGGAAACGUUUCUACAACAGCAGCAAGACCAACAGCUGCAACCCAGCGAAUAUUCUGGUCACACCGGUUUCGACGGUGAAUCCCCCGAUUUCUCACAGUUCAGCGGGCACGACUUAGAACCACAUUCCUAUCCAGUUCACCAACACGUGGAAGAAGAAAAUCCCGAGCCAAUAAAGCAUUACAAAGAAGUUGUCGUCCCUCUUCCAAAGAACGUCGAAUUCAAGAUUAAUCAACCGAUUUUAAUACCGGUUCCCCAUCCGAUACCGAUUCAAGUGCCAGUACCGAAAGCGGUUGUCAUCCCUAUUAUUAAGGAAGUGUCUAUACCAGUGGAAAAAUCGGUGCCCUACCCCGUCGAGAAGGCAGUUCAUGUGCCAAAGAUUAAAGAAGUCCCAUUCGAAGUUGUGAAACAUAUAAUUGUGCCAGUCGAAAAACCGGUACCAUUCAAAGUACCGGUUUAUGAGACUAUCAUUCAUACUAAAAAGGGUUCGCAUAAGAUCCGUUAA